UAUUUGUCAAUGUCAAUUUAUUAGCUGAGGCGGUUACCGGUUUACCUUACAUUUUAUUUCUUUUGUCCCAAUUAUUCUCAUAUCAUAGUAACUGGAAAUUGAUUGUAUUGUGCUCAGUGAAUAGUCAGAGUUCCGUUAAAGUAGGGGCGUUUAAAACUUGGCAGUAAAAUCGGCAAUUCGCAGACAUCAUGGUUGGGAAGAAUAACAAGUUGUACGUGUUGAAGAGAGGGGGGAGGAUGGAGGAAGUCCAUAUUGACAAGAUUACUUCUAGAAUCAAGAAGCUAUGCUAUGGCUUGAACAUGGACUUUGUUGAUCCUGUAUCUAUAACUCUGAAAGUGAUCAGCGGUAUCUACUCCGGGGUGACAACUGUGGAGCUGGAUAACCUAGCGGCGGAGACGGCGGCCACUAUGACCACUGACCAUCCUGAUUAUGCUGUCCUCGCUGCUCGACUAGCCAUCUCCAACUUGCACAAAGAGACCAAAAAGCAUUUCUCAGAUGUCAUCCAUGAUUUGUACAACAUAACCAACAUUCAUACAAAGGAAAGAUCACCCAUGAUUUCUGAUUUCCACUAUGAUAUUGUGAUGAAAAACAAAGAAAGGCUGGAUUCUGCCAUUGUUUACGACAGAGAUUUCAAGUACAACUACUUUGGGUUUAAAACCUUGGAGCGAUCUUAUUUACUGAAGAUUAACAAUAAGGUAGCGGAGCGGCCGCAGCACAUGCUGAUGCGGGUGUCGAUCGGCAUCCACGGCGCCGACAUCGACGCCGCCAUCACCACCUACAACCUGCUCUCCGAGAAGUACUUCACCCACGCCAGCCCCACCCUGUUCUCGGCCGCCACCCCCCGCCCUCAGCUCUCCUCAUGUUUCCUCAUCGCCAUGAAGGACGAUAGCAUCGAAGGUAUCUACGACACUCUGAAGCAGUGUGCAUUAAUAUCCAAAUCCGCGGGCGGCAUAGGAGUUCAUGUUCAUUGCAUCAGAGCGAAAGGCACCUACAUCGCGGGCACGAACGGCGUCUCCAACGGGCUGGUGCCCAUGCUGCGCGUGUACAACAACACGGCGCGCUACGUGGACCAGGGCGGCAACAAGCGGCCCGGCGCCUUCGCCGUCUACCUCGAGCCGUGGCACGCUGACAUAUUCGAGUUCCUAGACUUGAAGAAAAACACUGGCAAAGAGGAAGUGCGCGCGCGAGAGCUGUUCUAUGCUCUGUGGAUCUCAGAUCUAUUCAUGAAGAGGGUUGAGAACAACGAGGAGUGGAGCCUUAUGUGCCCUCACGACAGCCCUGGCUUGGCUGAUUGUUGGGGAGAUGAAUUUGAUGCAUUAUAUCAAAAAUAUGAACAAGAAGGUAGGUUUGUUAAAAAAGUCCGAGCUCAAAUCCUAUGGAAGGCUAUUAUUGAAGCACAAGUAGAGACUGGAACUCCAUACAUGCUUUACAAAGAUGCAUGCAACAGAAAGAGCAAUCAAAAGAAUUUGGGAACCAUCAAAUGCAGCAAUCUAUGCACGGAGAUUGUUGAGUACACAUCUGCUGAUGAAGUAGCUGUUUGCAACUUGGCGUCAAUUGCUGUCAACAUGUUUGUGACCGAAAAUAAAACAUAUGAUUUUGAGAAACUAAAACAAGUGACAAAAAUCAUAACUGAGAACCUGAACAAGAUUAUCGAUGUUAAUUACUAUCCUGUCCCUGAAGCGAAAAAGUCCAACAUGAGGCACCGACCUAUCGGCAUCGGCGUCCAAGGUCUGGCCGAUGCUUUUGUAUUGAUGCGCCUUCCUUACGAGAGCGAGGGAGCCCAGAAGCUCAAUCAACAAAUCUUUGAAACCAUCUAUUAUGGGGCUUUAGAAGCUAGCUGUGAACUGGCCGAAAAACUCGGCGUUUAUGAAACUUAUGCUGGUUGUCCGGCCAGUGAAGGAAUAUUGCAGUAUGAAAUGUGGGGAAAGACACCCACAGACCUGUGGGACUGGAGUGCUCUGAAGCAGAAGAUCGCGAAACAUGGCCUGCGGAACUCUCUGUUACUGGCCCCCAUGCCCACCGCCUCCACUGCACAGAUUCUUGGCAACAAUGAAUCAUUUGAACCAUUCACUUCAAACAUUUACCAAAGAAGAGUUCUUUCUGGAGAAUUCCAGGUGGUCAACCAUCACCUGCUUCGCGAUCUCACCGAGGCUGAUUUAUGGGAUGAUGAUAUGAAAAAUCUCAUUAUACACAACAAUGGAUCCAUUCAAUCUAUUGAAAGUAUUCCCAAAGAAAUAAGAGAUCUUUACAAGACUGUGUGGGAGAUAUCUGUGAAGACCACAAUCCAAAUGGCCGCGGAUCGUGGUGCUUUCAUUGACCAGAGUCAAUCAUUUAACAUCCAUGUAGCAGAACCAAACUAUGGAAAAUUGACAUCAAUUCAUUUCUAUGCGUGGAAAAUGGGCUUGAAGACUGGCAUGUAUUAUUUACGUACUAAGCCUGCUGUAAAUGCAAUACAAUUCACUGUUGAUAAGGCGAAGGCGAAGUCAAGCAUAGCAAAUGGAAAAUCUGAUAAAUACGAUGCUAACAUGGCUGCUAUCACAUGUUCUCUGCAAAACAAAGACGAGUGUCUUAGUUGUGGAUCAUGAUUUUUUUACUCCUAAUAUAUUUUUGUUACACCAACUAGGUUAAGUUAGGUAAUACCUGUAAUUUUAUAAGUAUAUUAAGUAACAAGUGCCCUGAUGAUAAUAAUUAUGUGAAAUUUAAGCUUUAAAAAUAAAUAUUUCGAUAAAAUAUA